AGGCGGGGGCCUCGAGAGGGUGGAAGGAGGGAGGAGAAGGGCGGGGCACGGAGGCCGGAGCGAGGGACAGACUCCAACUCUGACUUUUUCUGCCGCUCUCGGUGUCCCCCACAGCCAUGUCACUGCUCCUGCUGGUGGUCUCCGCCCUUCACAUCCUCAUUCUCAUACUGCUUUUCGUGGCCACUCUGGACAAGUCCUGGUGGACCCUCCCUGGAAAGGAGUCCUUGAAUCUCUGGUAUGACUGCACAUGGAUCAAUGACAACAAGACAUGGGCCUGCAGUACUGUCAGCGAGAAUGGCUGGCUGAAGGCGGUGCAGGUCCUCAUGGUGCUUUCCCUCAUCCUCUGCUGUCUGUCCUUCAUCCUGUUCAUGUUUCAACUCUACACCAUGCGGCGAGGAGGGCUCUUCUACGCCACUGGCCUCUGCCAGCUUUGCACCAGCGUGGCAGUGUUCACCGGGGCGCUGAUCUAUGCCAUUCACGCUGAGGAGAUCCUGGCGAAGCAUCCGCCUGGGGGCAGCUUUGGGUACUGCUUUGCACUGGCCUGGGUGGCCUUCCCCCUCGCCCUGGCCAGUGGCGUCAUCUACAUCCACCUGCGGAAGCGGGAGUGAGCGCUGCACAUUGCCCUGUGGCCCAGCCCAUCCAGGCCCCUUUUCUUACCCGCCUCCAGGAAAUAAAACCAUUUAACUGCC